CCAAAACCUAACCCCCUACUUAGUGCUAGAACCACUGCGUUUUCUUCCGUACCAUCUGCAACUACCAUUUACCAUCUGUCGCAACUGCAGCUACCAUCUAUUCGCUUUACGCUAGAAUCAUACCAUCAGAAGCGCAAUACUCGCCUGCAGCUACGAGCCAGCGUCACAAUGAUAAAGCGUCGCGACUAUCGCAUGCUGCAUGCCGAAGAUGGCCCCGCGGCUGCCUCCAGCGACGAAUCGAGUUCGUCGAGCGACGACGACGGCGCCGCGUCGUCAGAGGAAGAGGAGGUGCACGAAGGGGGGAGUGGGGAGAGUGAGGGGGGAGAGAGGGAGGGGGAAGGUGAUGAGAGUGGAGCGAGUGAGAGUGACACAGACGAAGAGGAGGAGGAGGAGGAGGAGGAGGGAGGAGCAGGGGGGGUGUCUUCUCAGUGGGAGGAGCUGGUGUCAGAGGAGGAGAGGGAGAGAGAGGAGGAGAGGAGGAGGAAGAAGAGGAGGAAGAAGGGGGGGAAGACUGGGAGUAGUGAGAGUGAUGGCAGCACCACUGACGAGAGCAGGCGAGGGGGAGGAGGGAGAAGAGGACGGGGAGGGGGAUGAGGAAGAAGAGGGAGUGGUGGAGGGAGAGAAAGACGGGGAGGGAGGGGGGAGGGGGAAAAGCGGAAGAGGAAAGCAAAGGCGAAGGAGAGGAGGGGCAGGGAGAAAAGAAAUGCAUUUAAAGACUUGGAUUUUGGGGCAGAGGGGGAGAUGGUGAUAAGAGUGGUGGGGCAGGGAGGGGGGGGAGGGGGCGGUGUGCUGCGGUGCAGAGUGUGCCCUCGGGUGCUCUGUGUGAACAGUGACAACAUGAAGAAACACCUGGCGUCCAAGAAACACGUGGCAGCAGCGGUGCGGCACGAGAGGGGCGAGUCUAAGGUGAUGGUGAACAGCGAUGGGGAGGUGGAGGCGAUAGGAGAGACCCAUGCAGAGAGAUUCGAACGCACCAAAGCUGC